AUUCUCAGGAAAAACUUUGGAGCAUGAUCAGAAAUGUACUAAAGAACAAGCCUGGUGUGGACGUUGUAAAACUUCAAAAAUCUGGGGGUGUUGUAUCCAGGAAUGCCAAAUUCCGUCAAAAAUCCAGGAGUCAUAGGAUAAGGGAGUAUUUCUAUGGCCUUGCAAAUGAUCUCAGCCCACAUUCUAAUAUCGCGAAUUUUAGUGAGUUUUCUGUCUUUCGGAUUGGUGGCGGGCCACAGGCCCCACGUUCAGCUUUGCCAAUUGGUGCAGAGCCUGCUGCAGACCCUACAAGAUUGGCGCCUGUGAAUAUUAACCGGGAUUUGCUGCAUACCGUUCUUGCUGUUUCAUUUGCCAAGGAGCCUGAUCAAAUUAUUUCUAGACGUCGACAUUCAGAGGAAGACAAUUACGUACCUUGCACCAUCGGCGGGGGAGCUUCCAAGCAAGUAUUUGAUUGCAGGAACCGUGACAUGGCUUGAAACGUGAAGUCGAUGACCCAAAACCCCAGUACUCUCGCUUUCCGGUGGAUGUACGUUACUGGCUUAUGUAAGGAGUGCAAGAUGUGAGCUAUCUAGGCGUAAAAUUAGUUUUAACGAUGUAUCCCAAAUACAACAACAGAUCAGAAUAUUAUUGUCGUUUUUUUGCAUCCU